UAUAAGCAGCAUGUGUUUUAUUACUCACUUAGUAAUAUUACUGUUUUGUGUUACAAAAUGUUGCGCUAAAAUCGAAAUAAAUAUAACAGUGGCAUCCAGUAGACGUGGUAUUAAAGUGGCUGUUAAGGGAACUGAUGACAAAAUAAUAGGCGACAAAGAAGUUAACAUUUUCAAUAUAACAGAGUUCAAUCUCAAAAGAGGCGUAAAACGUGAUUUCGGUAUAGCACCCACUCCCAGUGAUGUUUAUAUCAAGGAUCCAACUCCAUACGGCAAUUUAUUUCAUAAAUACAAAUGGCAACAAGUUACCAGAAAAACAGUAAUCAAAAGGAUAGCAACACAAGAUAUUAUGUACGAAAAUGUACUAUUGACUGUACACGAUCAUACUAAUAAUACUCCGCGUAAAAUAAAUAUCCCAGUCAAGUUAUAUGAAAAUGUUGAAAACUCUCUAAAAUCGUAUUGGUCUGCAAGCGGAUAUCCGGUAGACGAUGUUUACUACGUGGCUAACAUCGCCUUUUCCAAUACUAAGGACAAGCGAAUUAAAUUUGAAAAUAAAUGGAGAAAUGAUUCCCUGAAAAUGGCAACACUGCCUGUUGGAUAUGAAACGGCCGGUCAUAUUACUAUAGGGCCAGAAAAAGUUAUAACAAUGAAAUUGAGUGCUAAGAAAACAAUAAUACUGUUAAAAAUAACAUACGAGACCAAACUAACGGGCAAUUUUGUCGCAAACUAUCCGCGAAGAUUAGGGCCAUACCAUUUUUGGGCACCAAGUGUCUCAAGCGUCAUGAGGGCCCUAAACUUCAACAAUAAUAUAAUAACAUCUGAAAUUAUGGAAAUAAAAUGUCACACUGAUCCAGUUCUGGAAGUCUUCGAUAAAUCAAGCGGAAAAAGGAUACCUAUUGUGUUUUCUUCUAGCAAACCGAUACGCAAACCAAAAUUUAAAAACAAAAUAGGCCCAUAGGACUAAAAGAAAAUUAAUAAACAAAUA